AUGGACGUGGAGGCGGGGGCUUCCACACGUGUCUUGACCCUGUUUCGGCUCCUCAUCCUGGGCUUGUGUUGUAGCGGAUUCCCUCUCAGCUCCGAGGACACGCUGGUGCUCCGCCUCAGCAGAGUGGAGUUCAUCUUCAGCAGUCUGCGCUCGGCGGAGGAGGACUAUGUCACGUACGUCUUCGGCAACAAACCUCCAGAGAAGUACAGAGCCAACACCUGGGACCUGGUCAGAGGGGUCCGACUGUCCAACAGCUCCACAGACGUGCUGCAGUCCUCCUGCACCAUCUCCCAGAGCAUGGAGGUCCUGCCCGCCAUCGUCAGGACCCUCACCCAGACACAGCACAGCAUCCUGGGGAACAUCUCACAGUUCAGCCACGUCUUCAGACAAGUCCUGGAGCCGGCGCAGGCCCAGUGUGACAACAGGACGUUCAGUCUGCCCAGAACGAGGUACGAGAAGAAAGAGCUGGGCCUCAAAAUAAUCUUCUCUGCGAGGAAGUGGAUCCAGUAUUCAACCAACACCGCACAAUUCAACUGA